CAGAUGACACAAACGCGGUGUAUCUUUUCGCUCUUUUUUCCAAACAAACGAGGGAAGAAACUGUAUUAGCUUAAUGACACUUGUCCUACAUGAAGAAUAGCGACUUAUAGCGUAAUAGAUGAUUAUUGCACGAUUAGAUUCUAUCUACUGAAACGAAACCAUAUGAAGCAAUAUAAUAAUGAAUAUCAAUAGCGAGUGAUAGUAGUAGAGGAACCAGAUAAGGCGAUACUAAGCAUCCUGAACGAUGCUGUACCUCAAGCAGAAAAGAAUUUUGGUGAAAACAUCAUCGCCGUUCAUAUUUCCACAGUCCAAGUGGAUCGUGCCAACGUAGACAGCAGUUUCGAGAGAGUAUGUGCUGCCUUAUUUAAGGGAAUCAGUAUCAUACUCGACAUGACCUGGACUGGUUGGGAUCGCCUACGAAAUUUGGCCGACGAGAACGGAAUAAUAUACAAACGGGGCGAUAGCAAUAUAAACCCGUACAUACAAGCCAUCGACGAUCUUUUGAUGUUGAAAAACGCCACGGACGUGGGCCUGAUCUUCGAAGAUGAAAGGGAGUUAAAUCAGAGUCUCUACUAUUUAAUCGGGAAUUCGAUCAUAAGGCUGGUGGUGAUCGACGAGUUCACGGAGAAAACAGUGUCAAAGAUCAGGAACAUGAGACCAUCGCCAUCUUAUUACGCAAUCUACGCGAGCACAGCCAAGAUGGAGGAUUUCUUCAGAACGGCUGUGCAAGGAGGACUGGUUACAAGAAAUGGAAUAUGGAACUUGGUGUUCACUGACAAUAAUUAUGAGACCUUUAAAUAUAUCAGCAGAGAAUACCAGUUGGAUGUUUCAAUUACUGUUCUAUCGAUGAAGAAGGAUGUUUGCUGCAGACUAAUCGGUGAACCGGCUUGCAGUUGUCCCUCUGAUGUUCAAAUAUUUUCACAUUACUUUAAGAGAUUAGUAGGCCUGAUAGUGAGUUUAAUGAGCGACCUGCAAGCGUCUGGCAUCAGCGUGGAACCGAAAACUGGCCGAUGCCCUUCGCCAAACACGAUUCAAGCUUCGAAUCUCACGUCUGAGGCAUUUAACAAUAAUAUACUAGCGAAAUUAGGAGGUAAUGACACGUUCGAGUACUGGUCAGAGAAAGGAAUGAUCACUUACAAAGCCGAAAUUGAGUUGGAGGAGUUUAAUGGGAUUUUGGAACCGCUGGCCACUUGGACGAUGCAUGGUAAAAUCAAAGAAGCUGAGAAAAACAAGAUAAAGCCUGCUAGAAGAUUCUUCCGAAUCGGAACUGCUCCUUCAGUGCCUUGGACCGUUCCCAGAUUGGAUCCAUUAACUGGAAAGAUCAUGAAGGAUGAGAAAGGAAAUGAUAUGUGGGAUGGCUAUUGCGUGGAUUUUAUAAAGAAAUUAUCCGAGGAGAUGGAAUUCGAUUAUGAUCUUGUUGUACCACAGGAUCAUCAAUUUGGGAAGAAGUUAUCUAAUGGACAAUGGGAUGGCUUGAUCGGUGACCUUGCUAAAGGGGAAACAGAUAUGGUAGUUGCAGCAUUGACAAUGACUUCAGAACGUGAGGAAGUGAUCGAUUUCGUCGCCCCAUACUUUGAGCAGUCUGGCAUAUUAAUUGUGAUGAGGAAACCUGUGCGCAAGCCGUCUCUCUUCAAAUUCAUGACAGUACUGAAAGUCGAGGUAUGGUUAAGCAUCGUCGGGGCAUUAACGUUAACUGGCAUCAUGAUUUGGAUACUCGACAAGUAUUCUCCGUACAGUGCCAGAAAUAAUAAACGACUCUAUCCAUAUCCUUGCCGGGAAUUCACGUUGAAAGAGAGUUUCUGGUUCGCUUUGACGUCUUUUACACCCCAGGGUGGCGGCGAAGCUCCUAAAGCAUUAUCGAGCAGAACAUUAGUAGCCGCUUACUGGCUGUUUGUGGUCCUAAUGCUCGCCACGUUUACCGCUAAUUUGGCUGCUUUCCUUACUGUGGAAAGAAUGCAGUCUCCUGUGCAAUCUUUGGAACAAUUAGCGAGGCAGUCAAGAAUCAAUUACACCGUGGUGGCUAAUUCUGGGGUACAUCAGUACUUCAUGAAUAUGAAGAAUGCAGAGGAUAAGUUGUACACAGUAUGGAAAGAAAUCACGUUAAACAGUACCAGCGACCAAGUAGAGUAUCGAGUUUGGGACUAUCCAAUCAAGGAACAAUACGGCCACAUAUUGCAAGCUAUUACGCAGGUCGGUCCUGUUGUAAAUUCCAGAGAAGGUUUUCAAAAGGUGAUAGAAAGCGAAAAUGCAGAAUUCGCUUUCAUCCACGAUUCAUCGGAGAUAAAGUAUGAGGUAACGAGGAAUUGCAAUCUGACUGAGGUUGGGGAAGUGUUUGCGGAACAGCCUUAUGCAAUUGCUGUUCAACAGGGAAGCCAUUUGCAAGAGGAAAUAAGCAGAAAGAUUCUGGAUUUGCAAAAGGACAGAUACUUUGAAAUGUUGGCGUCUAAGUAUUGGAAUCAAUCGUUGAAGGCACAGUGUCAGAAUUCUGAUGACAACGAGGGAAUAACAUUGGAGAGUUUGGGUGGAGUGUUCAUCGCAACUCUUUUUGGUCUAGCUCUAGCGAUGAUCACGUUAGCAGGAGAGGUGUUUUACUAUCGAAAACGAAACACACAAGACAAACAAAAAGAUAAAAAGAAAGUGAAAACCAUCGACAACGAGAAGCUGAUGAUGCAGAAGUUGGCCUCGAAAUUGCAAAUGAAACCUGCGCCGACCAAUGCGUUUUUCGAGAAAACGAUGAAUCCUCCCCGCGUUUCUCACAUUUCUGUGUACCCUCGCAAUUUCACUUUCAAAGAAUGAAAACCUUCAUAGAGUAAAUUAAUAUGAUUUAGAAUAGAGCUUAUAAUGUAGGGAAAUCUUGUACACACGAUCAAAUCGUUCUGUACUCGAAUGAUAAUUUAGAUUCGAUAAUAAUUUUAAUAAGAAACGAUGGCAGCGUAAAACGAGAGUGAAAAUAAAGUUUCUAGCUAGAAAACAUAGUUUUACAAGAACCAGUUUCUUUUACUGUUUUGUAAUAUUUGUCGAUUCUUUACGCCUCUCGCGAGCCCCGGAAACAAUCAUAAAUCGAUCGAUUGUAAAAGAUAUUUCACUUUCGUUUUAAUUAACUCUGUACUAGCAGCUUGUAGUCACGUGAAUAAACAAUUAAGAAUAUUUUUUA